AUGACUCUCCAGGCUGACUUUGAUGGUGCUGCAGAAGAUGUCAAAAAAUUAAAAACAAGACCAACUGAUGAAGAACUGAAGGAACUCUAUGGAUUCUACAAACAGGCUACUGUUGGAGAUAUUAAUAUUGAAUGUCCAGGAAUGCUAGAUUUGAAAGGCAAAGCCAAAUGGGAGGCAUGGAACCUGAAAAAAGGUUUAUCAAAGGAAGAUGCCAUGAAUGCCUAUAUCUCUAAAGCAAAAGCAAUGGUAGAAAAAUAUGGGAUCUAGAAUACUCAAAAUAAUUCCCACUAAUAACUAACUCUUCAGUAGCUAAUGAACUGACUGUCGAGAGAACUGCAAUACUACUCCUUAUUGUAUAGUCUGACAGUAUAAUCUUUUAAGCAUAACUUGUUUGACUGUAAAGGGUAUUUACAUACAUACUCUACUUUAGAUUGUAUCUUAUUCUAAAUAAAUUUGAGCCUAAUAAAU